CGGGACUUCCGGCUGAGCGCACCCGGAAGAUUCGGAUGCAAGUUUCACUGCUCGACCGUGCAUCCAUAUGCUCGUUACUUUAAACGUUUUGAUGUGAUUUGGGCGCCUUUUCUACCCUGUAGUAUUUGCAACAAUGUUGUCUUUAGACUUUCUUGACGAUGUUCGUCGCAUGAAUAAGCGCCAGCUCUAUUACCAGGUGCUAAACUUUGGUAUGAUUGUUUCCUCUGCACUGAUGAUCUGGAAAGGACUGAUGGUUGUCACUGGCAGCGAGAGUCCUAUUGUUGUUGUUCUCAGUGGGAGUAUGGAGCCAGCUUUCCACAGAGGAGACCUGCUGUUUCUGACCAACCGAGUAGAAGAUCCCAUCAGAGUCGGAGAGAUCGUUGUCUUCAGGAUAGAAGGCAGAGAGAUCCCAAUAGUACACAGAGUACUAAAGAUCCAUGAAAAGGAAAAUGGAGACAUUAAGUUCUUGACCAAAGGGGACAAUAAUGCAGUGGAUGACAGAGGACUGUACAAGCAGGGCCAACACUGGCUGGAGAAAAAAGAUGUGGUGGGACGAGCUAGGGGAUUUGUGCCAUACAUUGGAAUUGUCACCAUUCUCAUGAACGAUUACCCCAAGUUCAAAUAUGCUGUCCUCUUCAUGCUGGGUCUCUUUGUGUUGGUCCAUCGGGAGUGAGGUACCCAGACUUCAGGACUCAAGAAGGCUAAACUACGUCCAGGAAACCUCAGUCAUGCCUUUUCAAAACAGAAUUAAGUUAGACUUUGUCAAACCCAACUGGCUUUUUGUACCAUUUGUUUGAACAUUUUGUAGAAAUGUGGAUAGGGUGUUUACAUUUGAAAAAUUCAAGCUUUAAAAAUAUUUUUGUGAGGGAACUAGGCUAGAUUUAGUUUGAAGUCGAUCUUUAUUUGUAAUCCUCAGAAUGUGAAACUGCAUUCUUAACGAUAAAUUAAGUCUUGUUUCUUUCCUGUUGAACCAUUGUGUUUAAAAAAAGAUAUGUGAAGUAUUUUAUGAGAUCUGAAAAUGAAUGAAUUAAAUAUGAAAUCUGGUUACCAUCCACUAUGGAUUAUUUCAA